AUGAAGCAGGGCCCCCCCAAUAUCCAGCCCGGAUCGGGUCCCUCUAACCCUAGCAGCUCGUGCCCUCCAUCUUUGAAGGGACCGUUGGCUGGAGGUCGUCAGAUCACCCGGAACCGCACAAGUUACAGCUGUCACACGUGUCGGCGUCGGAAAGUAAAAUGCGACAAGAUACAUCCGAUCUGCGGGAACUGCGUGAAGAACAACACCGAAUGCACGUACGAUGUUCUGUCGCAAAAAGACGACAAUGGGCGCGAUGUGUCGUCAGAGCCGCAAGGCACUAAACGAAGGAGAGAGGCAUCUCGGACUUUAGAGGCAGAUGUGGAUGAGCUCCAGUCAAUUUAUGGGCACUUGAGGCGAGGAGAGCCGAUGGGGGAGAAAUCUGACACCAAUGCUAUUGAAUCCCGGCUUGACAAGCUCAUGUCGAUGAUUGAGCGCCUUGGUGGGAGGGAUCAAGCUCUCGGAGCUGUGGGGAUGCAGGCAAUCAACUCAGAUCCGAAAGUGGAACCCCCGCAAUUGGAUGACCCACGGCCGAGCAAUAGUCCGAAUGGAAACAAAGCAUCGUCACGGCCUUCCAGUCCACACCGUGGUACUGCAGAGUCGAGCGCCGAUGAAUUUCCAAUCCCAUCUGGCCAGGCCACCGACCUGGUAGAUCCAGUUGGGAGCCUGAACUUGGGCCAUUUGAGCCUGGAGGACGGUGGAAGGUCCACCUAUGUUGGUACCACGUAUUGGGCUUAUAUCUCUGACGAGAUCAAUGACCUCAAUCAGUUGUUGAGAGAUCAGAAUCGCUCCCAUAACCAAUCUACCCUUCAUAACCACGACGAUGACACGAUAGAUUCAUCCCCGAACGAUCGAAAGUCAUGGAGAGAAUCAACAGGCAGCUUGACACCUUCAAUAACGCCUAGGUCCCAUUCUUUCCAACAAUCCAUAAUAUACCCGUCCGGUGACUCUCCUUCGGUGAAUGAAAAGGCGGUAGAGCCAGACAUGCUCGACCACAUCCCAACUAAACGACAAAGCCAUAUUCUAUACAAAGGAUUUAUCUCGGGUGUACACGCCAUCAGCCCCGUGAUUCACCCCCCAACUAUCCUGAAACUCUACAAUUCAUUCUGGGACUGGUAUGACUACAGCAGUUACUCCGGAGAGUCAUGUCCGAACCCCUCAUUCAUCCCACUUUUGUACGCCAUGUGGUAUGCCGGCUCAGUGACGGUCUCGAUUCGAACAAUCAAGGCUGAAUUUGAUGCGUCAUCACGGUCUACCCUUUCAACGAUGUAUAGUGAAGAAGUCAUUAGGUGGCUUACAAAGAUCAAAUUCCCGCGUAGCCCUUCACUUCAAGGUCUCGCUGCUUAUCUCAUUGUGCAGACUAUCGUCACGAAGGAGGAAGAGCCUUUAACCAGCAGCAUAUUCGUCAGUUUGGCAAUGAGGGUCGCACAAACCAUGGGUCUGCAUCGGGAUCCAGCGAAGUUUGGCAUCGAACCUUGUGAGGCUGAGUACAGGCGCCGAUUAUGGUGGCAUAUCAUGCACAUGGAUUGCGUGGUUGCGAUGUCAAGCGGCCUGCCUCCACUUGUCAGUGACGAGAAUUAUUGGGACGUGUGUGAGACGAGCGAAAUCAAAGAUACCUUGCUUGGUAGUCCUGCUGCUGAAUCGUAUGCGAAACUGGUCACUUCGCAGAACCGGGCGCCCGACAAUCCAGAUGAUCCAACUGUUUGUGGAGGACCAUCGAUGGUCAACGUCUAUUACCUCAACGCUAGAGGGAAAUAUAUCAUGGCUUGUGCUAUCCGCCGAAUAUUAAAGAUUCAGCUAGGAACAAAGCCCCUCACCAGGCAGGACAUGGAAGAACUCCGAUCAAUACUCCUAGACUUACAGCUGAAAUUGAAUUCCAUAAUAAACAGAAUUCCAGAGGCAAAGCAUGUUGACAAUUUGUCAACGGCAGGCCACGCUUUUUAUAUGUCGGAAUCGUCGACGGAUGGCCGCUCAUCUGGCCCUGAUCUACCAGGUGAAGGUUCCACUGGAUGUUCAGAGCAGUAUCACUCGCCAGUUCUGGUUUGCUUUCAUAAAUGGGCAAAGAUCAUCCUCUCUUUAUAUAUUGAUAAGGCCUUCUGCGUAGCCUACCAGCCUUUUCUAAAGAACGCCCGUAGCCGGAUAUGGCCAGCGGCACGCCAGAGUGCUCUCCGACAUUGCCAUGGAUUCAUGAAGAAGUUCAUACAACUUGCCACUGACCCUGAUUUCCAGCCUUUCCACUGGAGCUGGCCUGGAAACCAUCAGCCAAUGCAUGCUACCAUGAUUAUGCUCAUCGAUUUAUACGAGCGACCUUAUAGUCCCGAAGCAUCCAAGUCCCGCGCGUUUAUUGACAGCAUACUCGCACUCUCUGGUCCAGAUGGAGGUGUUGUAGGUGGUGAAGACGGUGUCUCGACACAACGGCCGUUAAAGGACGGUGGCCGUGAAGCCUGGGAUAUGAUCCGCCGCCUUCGCCAGAAAGCUUGGCAAAAGGCUGGGCUCGAUCCCCAGAUGCUCUGGUCUGAAAAAGACCAGAUCCAGGCCGGGAUCGCUUCGCCGGCUGACUCUUACAAAGAUGAGUACUCUUCGUACUCGGAUCCAUCCCAACCUAGAUCCCCGGGUUCAGCCACGGCCGGUCAUCUCUUACCGCAUAACCCUCAACCUAGCAAUUCCAGCAGAUCAUUCAACAACAUCCCUCGCUCCCACAUGUCUAGUGAAGAUGUUACUUCGGGUACUAGAACCCCCUUGCAACACCAAUGCGAAUUUCAACAUCACGAUAAACCCUUGCCUGUGGCCCAAAAUUCCCAGUUUCGCCCUAAUCUCACAGGCUGUCCUAUACCUCCCCUCACUAAGCCACCUUCAUCCAAUCUGGUACUGACCAGGGACACGCAACCGUCGGCGCAAUAUCUUGCAUCCCUGGUCCCUGCUGUAUCUGCUCCACAGCUAGAGUCUGAUCUUACUCCUUCCGGUGGCACGUCCUUCAUGGAGACUAUUUCUCAUGGAUUGCCCAUGAAUGUGCCUACACCGCCAUCGAUGGUUGAUCCCAACCUCAACUUCGACUGGGACCAAUGGGACGCUGUGUUCGGACAACAUCUCCCCGUUGCAGAUGAUCUCAUGGAAUUGGAUCCUGUUUCCGGUCUUGAUUUCACCAGUGGAAAUGUCUCGACAUAUCACGGCAACAAUCCUAUUGACUUACCUACUUCGUAUGGCAAUGGUCCUCCGGGAUCCACUUCGGAUGUGAAUACGCCAUCAUGGAACAGGAGCAAUGAUGGUGAAUCCAAGUGGGCUUAG